AUGCUCGAGCCCCCGGCGAGGGCUUGUGCUGUGAAUAGCAGGCCUGGUCUCGACUCGCCAGCUAAACAACCAAACCCAGUCGGGGCCUCGGGGGCCGCCGCCCUCGCCCUCUGCGCCGCAGCCGUGGCCUCCUUCGCCUCCGGCUCGUUUGAGCUUGGCGCCUGCUGCGCUGUCUCGAUUGCCACGCUUCUUCUGCGCGCCGCACUCGACGACUCUCCAGUAGUGGACGGCAACGACUUUGAGGUUGUUAUUCGCGCCACAAAGGAGAUGGAGUAUCUGCUCGAGGAGAGCUUCCGUGCGCCACCGACAGCAGGCCUUCACGAAAAGAUCAGCGUGGCCCAGACGCCGGCGGGUCAGCCGCUGCCGGAAGGAGUCGUCCGCCGAAUGCGGAAGCUGGUCACGAUACGCAACCAGUUGGUGCACGAUCGAGGGGUGAACGCCGUCGACCGUGCCGCCUUCAGGGACGGUUGGGCGGCGGCUGAGCGAGAGCUGCGUACGCUUCUGCCCGCCGACUCCAUGCCGUUCUGCGUUAUAUCUUGA